AUGCAUAAAACACCCAUGGCAUCACAGCCGGUGGUGCUGCUGAAGGAGGAGACCUCCGACCCAGACACUGGCUUACCCAGCUUCCAGGAGGUCAACGACUCUCUUCGCGAACUUCGCAGUGUGGUCAAUGAACAGUUUGCGAGGCAGAAAGACAUGCUGCUGAACCUGACUGUCCAGGUAUCGGAAAUGCAGCUUCAGUCUGGCACAGGCAGACUCUUUCGCCCUCAAGUGUCGGGGGACAGUGUUCCGGGCAUGCGGGCAUCGGUGGAUGACUCCUUCGCUGCAACUCCCAUCACGGAGUCCAUGGACUUUCAGGCGAGCCAGUUUCGGAUGCCGGCAAUGGAAGGGCCCACAUCUUCGAGAGGAGGACACCAUGUUGCAAUCAGCCGCCACAGCAGCGAUGGCAAGGCUUCCGCUCGGCUGAGUCCGGGUGAGGUCAGCGAGUUGCCCGAGUUGCCAGGCCCGGGCCAGCGCGAAUCCGUGAAAUCGGAUUUCUACGCAAUGCAGGAGAAGGUCCGGAAGUCCUUCAUCUCAGCGUUCAAAGAGCCCCCACUGGUGCCAGGAAGCCUUUGUGCAUACAGGAUUGUCAACUCCAAGACCUUUUCCGGCAUGAUCUCCAGUUUGAUUUUCCUGAAUCUGGUGCUGUUGGGGGCCGAGGUGGAUGCCUCUUCUGGCCUUCCCUUAGAUGUCCAACUGGAGAGCUUCUAUGUGCUCAACAACAUCCUUGUGAGUAUUUUCGUUGUGGAAGUGGUGCUCAAGAUUUCCGCAUACAAGUGCGGAGGUUUUUUCUCGGGAAUUGAUCGCUGGUGGAACUUGUUCGACUUAUCCAUCGUACUCCUCAGCGUGCUCGAAAUCGUUAUCGACUUGAUCGCCCAAUCGCUGUCGGACGGGGACGGGCAGUUCAUGGACAUCAGCCACCUGCGCAUUGCCCGCUUUGCGCGACUGGUCCGGGCAUUGCGUGGAAUUCGUGCCUGA